GGAACGUCUAAGUCGCUUUAACGGGGGACGUUGGCCGAGUCAAAACAAUGCAGGUUAGCUAGCGUGUUGCUGCGCGCAAUUUGGGGUUUAAAGAGCAAAUAAACGAUUACCUUCCAUCUUAGCGACGCAUUGGGUUCCCUUUAGUGUUUUUCUUCGUUUGGGUUCGGUCACGACGUCCCUGUGGAUGAGUUAAUCUCCGUGUUUUCCGCGUUUCGGACUCCACCGUGGGUGUUUUUGUUUUGACCACGGCUGCAGAUGGAAGCAGAGACGGCUAGCAUGAUGCUGCUCGGGAGUCCGACGCCAGGGGAAGGGAGCGGCUGAAAAAUAAAUAAAAACGAGGCAAAAGCGUGAGUUAUAUUGACGUUUUAAAUAAAGUCUCGUUUAGUUCUAAGAUGGUGGAGUAGACGUCCCCGGAGUCCACGCUGUCGCGUUCCUCCCACCUACCGAGGAACGGCUCGCGCUCACCGGGGAGGACCACCAUGGCCCCGGGCUCGCUGGUGGCGGCCUGCCGCAGCCUGGCCCUCUCCACCUGGCUGCUCUCCUUCUGCUUCGUCCACCUGCUGUGCCUGGACUUCACCGUGGCGGAGCGGGAGGAGUGGUACACCGCCUUCGUCAACAUCACCUACGUGGACCCGGCCACGUCCGAGCUGCGCACCGACAGGACGGAGUGCGGCCGCUACGGGGAGCACUCCGUCAAGCGCGAGGCCAAGGGGGUGGUGGUCCUGCCGGCGGCCCCGCUGGACCGCCAGGCCUGCGACCCGCACACGCGCUUCGCGGUGCCCGCGCAGGCCGUGCCCUGGAUCGCGCUGAUCGCCCGGGGCAACUGCACCUACAAGGACAAGAUCCGGCACGCGGCCGCGCAUAACGCCACGGCGGUGGUCAUCUUCAACGUGGGCUCUGCCAAUGCCAACGACACCAUCACCAUGCCCCACCAAGGUACGGGGGACGUGGUCGCCAUCAUGAUCCCUGAGCCAAAAGGCCGUGAAGUGGUGUCCCUGCUGGAGCACAACAUCACGGUCACCAUGACGAUCACCAUCGGAACCAGGAACCUGCAGAAGUACGUGAGCAGGACGUCGGUGGUGUUCGUGUCCAUCUCCUUCAUCGUACUGAUGAUCAUCUCGCUCGCCUGGCUUGUCUUCUACUACAUCCAGAGGUUCCGCUACGCCAACGCGCGGGACCGCAACCAGCGCCGUCUCGGCGACGCAGCGAAGAAGGCCAUCAGCAAGCUGCAGGUCCGCACCAUCAGGAAGGGCGACCAGGAGACGGAGGCCGACUUCGACAACUGCGCCGUCUGCAUCGAAGGCUACAAGGCCAACGACGUGGUCCGCGUCCUGCCCUGCAGACAUUUGUUCCAUAAGAGCUGCGUGGACCCCUGGCUGCUGGACCACCGCACGUGUCCCAUGUGCAAGAUGAACAUCCUGAAGGCGCUGGGCAUCGCGCUAAACGCCGACUGCCUGGACGACUUGCCUCUGGACUAUGACAUCGCCCUUGGCGGCGUGGGCGGGGUCGGCAUGGGCGGGGUCGGGGUUAUGGCUCUGGAGGCGGUGGUGUCCGGGGCGUCUAGCGACGGGACGUUAAGCGAAGGAGGAUCGUCGGUGGUGCUGGACCCUGGCGUGCGGCGGGUGGGGCUCCCUCAGGAUUAUCCGGACUCUGAUGUGCUGAGAGACAGUCCUUUGACCGCCACCACCGACACGCACACAGGGGAACUCCAGCCAAUGGGGGGCAGCACCUCCGUGGCAUCCUUCGUCAUCGCUGUAGAGACUGGUCUGUCCGACGAAGAGGGGUCUAUGGAACCACCUCAGAUGGGAGAAAAAUCCUGAAAAAAGCACAACAGAACCAAACCAGAACCGGGCCAAAUACAGACUAGAAUCAGGGUUUGUUUCCCUUUAUUGUCUGAGAGAUUUCAGUGGCCCGACAGCCGACUGAAAACCUCCUGAACCAAACCUGACUGCACUUGACCCAGUUAAGCCUUUCACCUGGUUCUAAAGGGGACCCGAUUGGAGUCAUUGGUAAUCCCAGAACCAUCGCCGGGGCUCGACUGGGUUUUUAGCUUCGGAAAACGCCAAACUCAAGUGAUCUUUGGGAGAUGGAUUUGAAGAUUGGUGGAUGAACCCAAACGGUCCGGUUUUGUUUCUAGAACUCUUUGGACUUCAGCUCUGACGUCGCCUCUUCUUUAAGCUCACCUCAGUGACAGUUCCAUAGUGACUUGCAGUCCCUCAUGUCAGAUCCAGUUCUGUUGGUUUUGACCCCAAAGACUUUUGAGUUACCACAGAGGCCCCGCCCCAAUUCUGAACGGUGUGGAUCCAAUUGGUUCUACGUUCUCCGGUGCCCGUUUGUUCCUGUUCUUGUUUGUGGGCUCUGGUUGGUCUCAGACAAGUCAGGCACCGGUUCCGGUCGUUUUACAAACCCAUGGGUCGGUGUGUGUGGUACCGCCGCUCAACAACAGUAUUGUGUCUUUUUUCCCUCCUGUCCUCCCAAACUUUACAGUUUUCUGGCUAAGUUUUCUUUUUGGUGCUCCGAACAACGAUGACUUGAAGGGUGGGGGAUGGGCAGCUACAGAGCGGAGACGGGUCAGAACAUUUCUAAACUGGGAAGCACAGACGAAACGUCAACAAAUCCACAACCCAAAUUCUUUCAAGAUGGCAUCACAGCGGACACUGUGUGGCCUUCAGUCGCCUCAAACCAGAUCUUCCGUCACCUUUCUAACACCUUCAUCUUUGGACCGGACUAUCACGUCUUCCCGCAAAGAACUUCUGUCGUUCUUUUUGCCUUUUGUUGCAUUUUCUUGGAAUUUUCCCUCAAAAAUUCCACCCGGGAGCUGUUUUAGUAAGAACCCCUCCCCUAAAAUUUUUAGUAUCGCUUGUAACAAUUUGGUCAAAAUACUUCAGAACCGGCAAAGAAAACGCCUCAAAUGAUCCACAAAGUGACAUACACCCCCAGAACUCUGGGAACCCUUCAGGUCCAAAAGUGUUCCUUCACUGUAGCCCCUCCCCCGGUCCCAUCUGUUGCUGCGAUGCUGCCUUUUAAACCCCUCCCCCAAAUUUUAAGUAUUAGUUGUAAUAAUUUGGUCAGAAUGUUUCAGAAAAUUUUAAAACCUCCACAAGAACUGGACCGGCAGAGAAAACGCCUCAAAUGAUCCACAAAGUGACGUACACCCCCAGAACUCUGAGAACCCUUCAGGUCCAAAAGUGUUCCUUCACUGUAGCCCCUCCCCCGGUCCCAUCUGUUACCGUGAUGCUGCCUUUUCAACCCCUCCCCCAUGACAAUCGAAGGUGCCAGCGUUCACCCGAGCCUCACCUCUGAGCCGGAACCAGACGAACAGAAGCUGUGAAGAAGACGUUUGUCCGCCAGCGUGUAAAUAUGAUCGUUCCCGCCAUCGGCCGCUCGACGCCGGGGGGUUGCGGGUGCGAAGCCUCCCUGGAGAGAUUCAGAUUGUCGUCUAUUUUGAUACCAGAGGAGAUGUUUAUUUUUGUAACAGCACAGACUGACCCCUGCCCCCUGCCUGCAGGAAUCUGUUUGAGGAUCAAUGUGCCGAUUGGUGAUGGAGGCGGGAUGAAAGGUCAAAGGUCAGCCAAAGCGUUCGGUUUCCUCUCUCUGUAUAUUUAAACCCAUCGUAGACCCUCGGUUCUCCCCGAGGAAACCUCCUCACACCUCGUCCUGACUGAAGCUCCUCGUCGCCUCCCGUGUUGUAAAAGAACUCUAUGAUGAAGGUGCGCAUGCACUCGCAUUUGUACGUUUUAUUGUUGAACGAUGUUUUAAUUAAAGAUGUUUUGUGUCGUGAGCUUUAA